AUUAAUCGUUAUAAUGCAAAUCAGCAGCUCCAGCUUAAAAAACCUACCCGCACACGAUCCCCCCCUCUCAUCCUCUACGCGUCUGCAUCUACUCUCCCUCUACCGUCGAUCAAUAGCCUCACUGCAACCAUGAGUGAUGAAGGAGAUAAGACUUGCCCACUUUGUGCUGAAGAGAUGGAUUUGACCGAUCAGCAGCUGAGGCCUUGCAAAUGUGGAUAUGAUAUUUGUGUAUGGUGCUGGCACAACAUUAUGGGUAUGGCUGAGAAGGAUGGCACAGAAGGGAGGUGCCCAGCAUGUCGCACUCCAUAUAACAAGGAAAAAAUAGUCGAGACAUCAUCAAAAUGUGAAAGAUUGGUGGCUGAAAUGAGCGUGGAGAAGAAGCAGAAAUCACAGAAAGGAAAAACGAAAACUUCUGAAGCUAGAAAGCAGCUUAGUAGUGUGAGGGUUAUACAAAGGAACCUUGUCUACAUUGUGGGACUACCUCUUAAUUUAGCAGAUGAAGAUCUUCUGCAGCGGAAAGAUUAUUUUGGUCAGUAUGGGAAGGUGCUAAAGGUUUCUAUAUCUCGGACAGCAGCUGGCACCAUUCAACAUUUUGCAAACAACACUUGUAGUGUAUAUAUCACUUACUCAAAGGAGGAUGAAGCGGUUCGAAGUAUACAAUCAGUGCAUGGGUUUGUUUUGGAGGGUAGACCAUUGAGAGCCUGUUUUGGGACCACAAAGUAUUGUCAUGCAUGGCUGAGAAGCAUGCCUUGCACCAAUCCCGAUUGCUUGUAUUUGCAUGAGUUCGGAUCACAAGAGGAUAGCUUUACUAAAGAUGAAACAAUAUCCGAAUAUACAAGGGGUAGAGUUCAGCAAAUUACUGGUGCUACAAAUGAAAUGCAACGACGUUCAGGGAAUAUUUUACCACCUGCGGCCGAUGAUUACUCUAAUAACAACACUUCUUCAUUGGGAAAACCUAUUGAUAAAAGUACUACGAACGAUCCACCAAAUAGUAGUUCAGGGAGAUCGUUAGCUCUUCCAGCAGCGGCUUCAUGGGGAACACAGUCGUCAAAUAGCCACUCUUUUACCGCAAAUGUAGUGAGCUCCAAUGGACCUUCUAAGCAAAGGGUGGACACCUGUACUACGCCAUUGUUUUCAAAAGUGGUGACGUCGUCAUCACAAGGUGAUGAGACACUAAAGAAACAUAUUGAAGAAAGGCCAACUGCUGGUACAAAAGCUAAGCUAAAUCAUCCAACCGAUAAAAACGAGUCUAUCGGUAUGGUACCUGACACGCAAUCCUCUGAUUCUGCUCGAGUUUCUGAUGAAGAAAGAAUCCCCCAAUUAUCUUCCGACAUUUCAUCCAUCAGCAUUGAUACGAAUCAUGGAUUACAGUCGUGUGGUGACAGGAUACUUACUGAUCCGUUGGCCUCAAAAGCUGACAAUCCCACAAUGGAUGAUAGUAAUGUUGAUGAAGUAGAAGACGAUUUGGUAUCUUUUAAUAAUCAACGGCUCCGGGAUCCAGAAGUUGUUACACAUACACAUACAGGCUAUGUACAUAAUAAUCAUUCUCUUCCAUUCCGGAAUACUUUUAAUACGACAGCUGUGUCAAACGGCGAUCAUAAAUCCGCCUUAGAUUUAGGAGAAAACAGUAUAAUAUCUAAUAUUUUGUCUAUGGAUUUUGACCCGUGGGAUGAGUCGUUAACCUCACCUCAGAAUCUGGCUAAAUUAUUAAGCAAUGGCGAUAAACGAAGGUCUCAAAGAGUUUCAGAUUCAAGGAAAGCACACAACUGUAAUCAGUCAAGGUUCUCAUUUGCAAGAGAGGAUGAGGGGUGCAUAGAUCAAGGAUUGAGUGAUUGUCAGAAUGGUUUUAAUCUUCGAUGUGAUUUUGUCGGUAAUACAGAGGUUUAUCAAGGUCAGCUUAGUAAUGGCAAUGGUUUCUCUUCUUUUAGUUGUGAGAAAUCUGAUCGUACUGCUGCCAGUUAUUCUGCUUUGUCUUCCAAUAAGAUUUCAGUUUCAAGAUCCCAAAUUUCUGCUCCUCCUGGAUUUAUGGGGCCCAGCAGAGCUCCACCUCUUGGUUUCACUUCUAACGAAAAUCUAUCAGGAAAUCAUAUGUUUGACAGUUCCUCUUUACUGAAAAAAGUGAACCAAGCACCAGCUGCUGUAUAUAACAAUGGCGGCAUUGGCGAGCUUAAAUUCACGGAUCCCGCAAUUUUGGCAGUUGGUGGUAGAGUUCCUCUCAGCGGGCUCACUAGCCAAGGGUUAGACAUGAGAUCAAACGUCUCUUGUUUAGAAAACGAUAACAGGCUUCGGCUUUUGGUCCAAAGAUCUUUCACACAGCAAAACCAAAGAACCGAUCCUUAUGGAGUUUCAACAAGAAUUCUAGACCACAACAACCGAUCUGCUUAUCAGCAGGUAGCUAAUUUCCAACAAGCAAGGAUGCAUAAUAAUGGGCAUUGGGGGGACAGUUGGAAUGAGGUUCAGAACGGGAAUGAUAUUGCAAUGGCGGAAGUUUUAAGAAACGAGAGACUUGGGGGGUUGAACAAGUAUUAUUCAGGUUAUGAAGAUACAAAGCUCCGGGUACUAAGUUCAGGCAAUGUGUAUAACCGAGCAUUUGGAAUUUGAUGUUCCCAGGAUCUGACUUGUUGCCGCGGUUGGUAUUUCUGAGCCAGAUAUCGUAUAACUGACUCUUGGUCCAUCUUCAUUCCCGUUGGUGAAAGAUGGAUCCUUCUGAAACAAGGGCUUUUCAGAAACCAGCAGGCAAAACAAGUAACGAGGGGAGCAGUUCUCCUGGAAACUAAUCUCGUUGUUCUCACAUCAACGUGAAGGUAAAUCUGCAUUUGAAGCAUAGUAACCGUUUUUCUUGUUUCAGAAUAACAUUCUUUGUGUGUGAUUAAAUCAGAUAUCAAAAUUAUUUUUUAGUACAUUGAACUAAAUUUGUGAAGUGAUUAAACCUCAGAAUCAUGACAGUUAUUUUAUUAUACUAUAUUUAUUUGGAGGGUGUUUGGGAUUAUGAUUA